AUGUGCAAAGUCUUCCCGACCAGUCUAACUGGGGCUGAGCUGGAGUUGUUCAGGAAUAGGCCGCACAAGUCUAUUCUGGAUUACGAAACUCUAUGCGCUAUAUUCCUGACGCAUUAUUGCGGUAAUAAGAAGCAAAAGAAGAGUAUUGCUAGCCUUUUUACUAUAAGGCAAAAGAAGGGCGAAACGUUAGAAGACUUCUUGUCUAGAUUCAAUAUGGAAGCUUCGGAAAUAGCAGAUUGCCACCUUGCUACCGCAAUAGAAACAUUCAAACUUGCAAUGAUUCAGGGAACCAAGUUUCAUACGUCCUUGGUUAAGUAUUCUCCUCCGGACAUGCAGACUCUCAAUGCCAGAGCACAGAUCUACAUCCGACUAGAGGAGAAUAUGGCCCACCGAGCUCAACAUGCCACCCUUAUCAUGGUAGAGAACAAGCCUCAGGAAAAGGUUUUAAGCUCAAAAAGCCGAAGAAGCCAGCACACUUCGGCACCAGCCAUUCAAAUACCCAAAAAAGGGCAAAGGACAGAAGAAAGAAUCACGCCCCUUCGCACAACCUUGGUUCGGUUAUUCCAGGAGAACAAAAUGAAGUUUGCAGCCCCUCAGCCAAUAAGGCAAGCAUUGGAACAGAGAGACAAGACUAAGCACUGCGUUUACCACAGAGAUUAUGGGCAUACGACCAAUGAUUGA